AUGUCUGAACUGAGUCAAAUAGGGAAACUGGCAAAUAUUGGAGGAUUACUUGGCAUUUACAAUCUUGAAAAGGUGCAGUCAGAAGAAGAAGCAACUGAAUCAAAACUGAUACAAAAAAGCCACAUGAAAGAGCUAAUAUUAGACUGGGAUGUUCAGCGAUCUAACAGGGAUCCUAAAUUUGAAGAAAAUAUCCUUGAAAGUCUUGUACCACACAGCAAUCUUCAAUGCCUAAGCAUUAGAGGGCAUGGAGGCACUGCCUGUCCAAGAUGGCUAGGUUCAAACCUCUCAGUCAAGAAUCUGGAAUCUCUUUCUCUGGAUGAUUUGUCUUGGGGAAACCUUCCACGUAUAGGAGAGGUGUGGAUGGUCAAUGAUCUUGGUGUUGAGUAUCAGGACUGCAUCUUAGGCCAAACAUUUCAAAAUUUGAAAAGGCUAGAAUUGGUUAAGAUACCAAGAUUGAGAAAAUGGGUUGAGGACAAUACUUCUCAUUUGUUCCCUCAGCUAGAAGAACUCACCAUUAAAGAUUGCUCUGAACUCACUGAGCUGCGAUCUUCCCAUCAUAAUAGUGGUCUGCCACAGCAAGAGAAGGACAUGGCUUGGUUUCCUAGACUAAAGUCUCUCAGGAUAGAAGACUGCCCAAAGCUAUUGUCAUUUCCUCAAAUCCCUUGGACUUCUAGCCCUUGCUCUGCUGUGAUAAAACGGGUGGACGCUGGUCUUGAGAAGCUAGUUUACGAAAAAAAGAGCGGAGCAGACUCAAGUUGUUCGCUGGAAGUGAAGGGAAAAGAUAACCGAGACAGUUUGUUUUUGAAUAAGUUGGUUUUCUCUAAUCUAACUUAUCUGAAAAAGUUGUUCAUUGAAAAUUGCUCUCCUCUGCUGCUUGAUAACCUCCUAAUGCUAACAUCUCUCGAGUUCCUCUCAAUAUGUGAUUCAAGCAAUGUAUUAUCCCAGGUUGAAAGUGUGAGCCAUGGCGGAUGCCUGCUAUCUGUUAAAAAGAUAAGUGUCAGACGAUGUGGUUGCAAUGGUAAGGAAUUGGCACAACUGCUCUCACUUCUGCCGGAGCUCACCGAAAUGACAAUAGUGGAUUGUCAGGAGAUAAAAUGGCUAGGUGUGGCGGGGCAAUUAUCAGCAUCUUCUUCUUCUGCUGCUGAACAAUUGAAUCAUGGGCAAAUCGGACAGCAGCAGCAAGAGUCGAAAGGAGGAGUAGACGUAGUGCUGCUCUUGCCUCCCCAGCUACAGAAGUUAAACAUCCAAGCGCUCCCAGAGCUGAGCUUGCUCUCCUAUUCACUGGAAGGUGGCAACGAAGGAGGUGGGCUCCAAGGUCUCUGCUCCCUUCAGUUUUUGACAAUAUGGGAUUGCCCCAAGUUACUCCACUCCUAUUCAUACUCUAAUAUUCCUUUUCCAACCUCCCUGCAAAUAUUAAUUUUGAGUGGUUGUGGGGAGUUCAGAGGCAAGGGCAUAGGCCCUCUCCUCGCCCAAGGCCACCUCACAUCGUUAAGCAUCCUUAAAACCCCCAACUUCUUCGUUGGUUCUGAGCCACUUGACAAGGAGCUUCUACCCUGCUCCUCUGCACAUCAGGAGCUUGAGCUGAAGACAGAUGAUAUUGCAAGGUUCAUUCCUGCUCAUAUCUGCAGCCUCCUCUCUUCCUCCCUCACCACCCUAACUAUUGCUUGGAACAAAGAUGACGAUCGCUUCACACAGCAAGCGGAGGCCCUUGAGCUCCUCACCUCCCUCCGGACGCUCGAGUUUAGAUCUUGCGAGAAGCUGCAGUGCCUCCCAGCAGGUCUACAUAGACUUGCCAGCCUCGAGACAUUAUGGAUAGGGUCCUGUCAAGUCAUGCGGUCGUUACCAGAGGACGGCCUCCCGAGUUCUCUGAAAAAAUUGGUGAUCGGCGACUGUCCUGCCAUCAAGUUGCUACCCAAGGGCAGCCUCCCAAGUUCGCUGCAAGUAUUAGAUAUAUGGUACUGCCCUGCCCUGGUGUCUCUGCCCAAAAACGGCCUCCCAAGCUCUCUGCAAAAAUUGGAAAUCUGGAACUGCCCUGCCUUAAAGUCGCUGCCGGAGGAUGGCCUCCCAAGAUCUCUGCAGGUAAUAACGAUUAGAGGGAGUACUGCAAUCAAUUCGCUGCCCAAGGGUGGCCUCCCAAGAUCACUGCAAGUAUUGGAUGUCCAUUAUUGUGACAAUGAGGAGCUAAAGAGGAAUUGCCGUAAGUUAAGAGGAACCAUCCCAAAGAUCAUAAUUUAA